CGGGGGAUCCGCCGCCGCCGGAAUAAGAGGCUAGAGGAGCGCGGAGCGGAGCGGAGGUAGCGCCGUGUCCCGGAGACUCCCGGCGGGCUCCCGCUGCAGCCCCCAUGGAGAAAUACAAAGCUCUCGAGCAGCUGCUCACAGAACUUGAAGAUUUUCUGAGGAUACUGGACAAGGAGAACUUGAGCAGCACUGCCGUUGUGAAGAAGAGCUUCCUCUCUGACCUUCUGCGGGUCUACACCAAGUCCAGUGGUGGCGAUGAGGAAUACAUUUAUAUGAACAAAGUGACCACCCAUAAGCAACAGGGCGACCAGGAGAACCAAGACAAAGCGCUGGAUCGGAGAAACUCCUUGACCAAUGGAGACUCAGGACUGCAUUCGUCCCCUCCUCAGAAGAGCCUCCCGGACCUGCCCCCUCCAAAGAUUCCCGAAACAAAACAACCUCCGAUCCCCAAGAUCGAAUCCCCAGAGGGAUAUUACGAAGAGGCCGAGCCAUAUGAUGUCUCUGUAAAUGGUCUUUUUGGUAGGCUUGCUGCAGCUGGACCCAGGCCAGGGUUGCAGGUUACUGAGGGCGUUAUUUAUGCCACAAUAACGAUGGAAGAUGGUGAAGCCGUUAGCAGCUCCUAUGAAUCUUAUGAUGAAGAAGAGAGCAGCAAAGGCAAGUCAGCAACCCAUCAGUGGCCAUCCACAGAGGCCACCAUCGAGCUGAUGAAGGACGCCCGCAUCUGCGCAUUCCUGUGGAGAAAGAAGUGGCUGGGACAAUGGGCAAAACAGCUGUGUGUUGUCAAGGACAGCAGGUUGCUGUGCUACAAGAGCUCUAAGGACCACAGCCCUCUGCUCGAUGUGAAUUUGCUGGGCUGCACUGUCAUUCACAAGGAAAAGCAAGUGAGGAAGAAGGAGCACAAGCUGAAGAUCAUCCCCAUGAAUGCCGACGUCAUCGUGCUGGGGCUGCAGAGUAAAGACCAGGCGGAGCAGUGGCUCAGGGUAAUCCAGGAGACCAGUGGUCUGCUCUGCGAAGGAGGCAGUGAAGGCAACCAGUACAUCCCAGAUUCGCAGCGUCUCAGCUACCCAAAGGUGGAGGUGCCCGAGAGGUACUCUGCAGCCUCCGAGAGCGGGAGCAGCACGGACGGGCACCCAGAGAUGGCAGAGAUAAAAGAUGUUAAGAAGAAAGGCACAACUGGCCUGAAACUGAGCAACCUGAUGAACCUUGGGAGGAAAAAAUCCAGUUCCCUGGAUAGCCCAGAGAGAUCCCUGGAGACUUCCAGUUACCUGAACGUGCUAGUGAACAGCCAGUGGAAGUCCCGCUGGUGUCAGGUAAAAGAUGGUCACCUCCAUUUCUACCAGGACAAGAACCGAAGCAAACUGGCUCAGCAACCCCUGAGUUUGGCAGGUUGUGAAGUUAUCCCAGAGCCAAGCCCUGAUCACCUCUACUCCUUCCGCAUCCUGCACAACGGGGAAGAACGGGUCAUUCUGGAGGCGAAGUCCUCGGAGGAGAUGGGCCACUGGCUGGGCCUCCUCUUGUCGGAGUCAGGUUCGAAGACAGACCCGGAGGAGUUUACCUACGAUUACGUGGAUGCUGACCGGGUGUCCUGCAUCGUGAGCGCUGCGAAGAACUCGUUCUUCUUAAUGCAGAGGAAGUACUCGGAGCCCAACGCCUACAUCGACAACCUGCCCAAGGGCAGGGUGCAGCAGGAGGAGCUGUACGACGACGUGGACCUCCCAGACCUGCCUGUGGAAGAAGUACCCAAGAGUGAGAGCAAACCGGAGGGGGACCAAGACAGAGUGUACCUGGAUCUCACCCCGGUGAAGUCCUUCCUACACUGUGCUGGCAAGAAGUCGUGUCAGCCUUCACCCCUUGGCUCACCAACCUUAGAAAGGGCUGCCAGCAAGGCUGCGGCAGAGAGCACACCCGAGACAGCCCUCGUGGCCAAGGAGGCUGAGCCCUGUAGUAAGGCCAUGGAGACCACGGAGCAGAAACACCCGGAGAAGCCAGAGCCUGACGAGAUGCCCACACGGAUGCCUGCUGUCAAAAUCCAGACGCAGCAGCAGAACAUCGCCUUCCCCCAGGCAGCCCCCGAGCCGCCGGCAGGCACGGUGACAGCGGGCAGUCCCCAGCUGCCUCCUGCAAACCGGCCCAAAAUGCCACUGCCGGCAGCAGCAGUGGAAACCAAGCUGGGCAAGAACAGGACGGAGGCGGAGGUGAAGAGGUUCACGGAGGAGAAGGAGCGGCUGGAGAAGGAGAAGGAUGAAAUCCGGGCUGAGCUCACCCAGCUGCGCAAGGAGAGGAGGGAGCUGAAGGAAAUGCUCGGGGGCAACACAGACAAGAGCCUGGAGCAGAGGCUGAAGGAGAUAGAAGAAGAGUGCAAAAGGAAGGAGAGCCGGAGGGUGGACCUGGAGUUGAGUCUGGUGGAGGUGAAGGAGAACCUGAAGAAGGCAGAGUCCGGCCCGGUGACGCUGGGCACAGCGGUGGACACCACACACCUGGAGAACGCAGCCCCCCGGAUUCAGGCAAAAAGUGCCAGUCCAGCAAGUAGCGCAGAGAACUCACCGGUCAAUUCAGCAACAGCUUUAAAAAACCGGCCUUUGUCUGUCAUGGUGACGGGGAAGGGAACAGUCCUACAGAAAGCUAAGGAAUGGGAGAAGAAGGGAGCUAGUUAGAACCACGUUUUUCAGAGAUGGACUAAAGACUGGAAUUGCCCAUCCAUGGCCAAGGGGAUUCAACCAUCUGUCGGUGGAGGUUGGGUGUGCAACCCAGCCCCACACCAAGCGCCUCCUCCGCGUCGCGCCAACUGCUCGGACGCAGCAAUGGAGUCAACCGCUGCCGAUACGAAUUAUCCCAAAUGAUCUUGCUCUCUCCAGACAAGUCCCAAUCAAUCACGUAGCUAAACCAGUAACAACCAGUGGCAAUCCUUGCAUCAAAUUCCUAACCCAGUUGAUGUACACAAGAAUGUUACUGUACAUAGGGGUGUUUUGUGUAUUUCUACUCUGAAGGUUUAUCAAUGAGUUAUUAAGGUUUCUAUAUUAGUGACAGUAGUGGGUUCAGAAGGGGACUCUGCUAUUCUUUAUACCCUGGUGGUUUUCAGUCUGUCAUGGCAAAUUUCAGUCAACUAAAGCCUCACCUGCCUCGCUGCCAGUAAUCACUCAGCUGCAGAUCAUCCAGCCUUCAGAUAUAUGUGAUCAUCAGAUAGAUACCCAAGCCUGAGCAAUGCUGGAGUCACGAAUGAGAAGCACACAGCAGCCUGUCCAGGGGAUUUUCAAUGUGUCCCGAUGCAUCCCAGAAAUGUGCUUACCCCUACCAGCCCACUGCACAUUCGCCAGAAUAUCAACAAAGAUCCCUUCUCACCUUCUUGUGCUGUAAGCUCUGCUCCAUACUGGUGGCACCAAGAGCUCUGGGCAAAGAAGAUCUACCAAGCAGAUUCAGUUAAUUUUCUUGAAGAUCUUGAUCGACUUCACCUAAGGAGUUUGUUUUGGAAAAAAAAAAAAAAAAAAUCAUAUUUGAAUGCUUGUUAAUAAUUUGUCAAAGGCCCAGGCCUGCUCAGUUGUUGGAUAGGGAAGCUGCACCCUUCAAGGCUUGCCCUUUCCCAGCAGAGGGGAGGUGGUAAAGCCAUCCCUGUGCUCCCGCCCUGGCUGUGAGCUCCACUUAGCUGAUGCUCUCUGGUCCCCACAGAGCUGUAGCAGGCCAAGCCAACCCCACAGCUGUACAAUCUGCUGAAGACAUCUCUGUGCUAAAGAGGCCCCUCCACAUGGGCAGGGUUCUCCUCCAGGCCCAACAGGUGAGGUUGCACCACUGUCUCUCUGAUGGGCUGCUGGCCAUCUUGGUGCUGUCACCCUUAUUCCCAACUUAUUAAACUUAAUAUAGCCUUUGGGCCCUGGCAGUGUGACCCACAAAGCCCACCUCUCUCUGCCCUACCCAAGUUUUCUAAUGAAAGAUGUUGGACAUUUGGGCCAGCUAGACUUAAAGACACGGAAAUCUGAAGGGGUGUAGGGGAGGUGUCAGAAAUUCAUGUAAAUCUCUUCCCUGUAAACUGCUGUCAUGUAUGAUGGCCUGGAGACACAUCUGAUGGUCCUUCAGCCCUGGAGUCCAGCCUCAGUAACUGGGUUGAGUGUGGGGGGGCUGCAGUUGUUUUCCAACCCUGCAAAGCCAAAGCAGCACCAGGACCUUGGCUGGGUUGUUCCCGGGGUCCCACAGCUACACCAGUGAGCAUCACGCAGAGCCAAGGUAAACACAGACGAGGAAAAUAUACCUUCCUAAACCUUGAAGACCUUUGACAGGCUUCACACAAAGCCUGGGGGGACUGUGCAGGGCUGUGACACUCAGAGGUGAUGGUGGCACUGGGGUGAGUGAGGAUGUGCUCCCAAGGGGCUCUCCUCUUGCUGCCACCACCAUGGAGCUGAGGUGCGACAAAGCACUUGGUCAGGGUAUCCUGGAGGCAAGAAAGGUGCCCUCACUCCCGUUGGGUUUUUCACUGUUGAAGUCUCUGCUGUGGUGCAGAUGGAGGAACGUGCUAAUCCCAGGCCUCAAGAGUUCAUCAGCCCCAGCUGUCAGGCCUGUCCCUGUGCAAGGUUUGCACGUAGGGAAAACUCAUGCAAAUAAACCACUGAAAAUUCUGGCUCAGGACCCAGGGGCCUUAUCCUCUCCAAAGCUCAGGGAGGCCACAGCCACCAUGAAGCCUUUGUUUUGCUCCAUCAUGAGCUAGCAGGAGACCCUCCCUAUGCCCAAAGUGUAAGUGUGGUGCCAUGCCCUCACCAUAUGUCCUGCUGUUGUCCUCCAGGAGUUGUCCAGACAUUUCACAGUGGUACUGAGACAGCGAUGGACGAGAGCAGCUCUGCUUUCGGCUCCACAGCCCCGUCACCUGCGGUGGUCCUGCUGGGAUGUCUCCAUCAGGGGGUGGUAAAUGUAGGCAAGACCUGAGCAACACACAUUUCCCCAGACACGAACCGUUAAACAAUGUCUCUGUGUCCCCAUUGUUUUCCUAACUCAAGGCAUUUCCUCUGUUGUAACUGUGACCUAUAAAGUGGCGCUUUAGAGGGUUUUAUAAUAAAAUGUU